AUGCUUCACACGGGCCCUUCUGAGCUGGGCCGUCCACCGGCAGCCGUGGGCCACAGGCGGCUGUUCAAGUAUAAAAUCACAACCCUGGGGUCUCGGUGUGCUGUGCACCUGCAGACGCUGCCUGGCUCACAUCAUGCUGCAGCUCAGAAGAAAAUCCAAAUGCUGCUUCAGACCCAGGAUCCCUGUCGAAGCAAAGGAGGGGCCCAGAGCCGGGGCCUGCUGUCCUGGGCCUGCCUCCAGGCAGCCCGGGUGGAUGCAGCACUCUUGACAGAGUGCUGCCGGGCAGAGAGGCCUGAGGCCAGGGUGGUGACCGUCCUGCUGCUCCCACCUAUGGUCAGGAAGCCCCUGUGCGCGCCUGGCUCAGGCACCAGGAGGCGAGCACAGCCGACACAUGUUGUGGAGGGAGCAUGGCGCAAGAAUGCCACGCCGUGCCCAGCCUUUGCCACCCCACCGCAGGUGGAACGACCCGAGGGUGCCGCAAAGGCAGUGCUCCCAGCUGUGUGCCGCUGGGCACCUGCCACUGCCAGCGAGCAACGCCAGGCCGGCCACAGGCUCGUGGGGACUGGCCGCCCUGGCCACCACCUUCGAUCUCACGGGGCAUCUCACCGACGACGGAGCUCAGUGGAGAGGUCGAGUGUGGUGUGCAGCCUCGAGUCCAUCUGCCCAGACCUCCCGUCUGCACAUCUGAGCUGCCCCAUCACUCAUGCCCUGUCCUCCCUGCAGGAGCUGCACAUCGGGGACCUCAAGGAGGGGCCUUUCCGGGAGGACCCGUGUCCCCUGGAGGUGGCGCUACCCCCUGAGAAGGUCGAGGGCCAUGAGGGCCCGGGCCAGCUCUUCAACGCGGAUGACGGCGAGAGGGCAGCGAACCACGAGGUCCCGCGAGGACUGGGCCAGAAACGCCUGAACAUCGACGCUCUCCAGUGUGACGUCUCCGUGGAGGAGGACAACCGCCAGGAGUGGACCUUCACACUCUACGACUUUGACAACAGUGGGAAGGUCACCAGGGAGGACAUGUCCAGCCUCAUGCACACCAUCUACGAGGUCGUUGACGCCUCUGUCAACCACUCGUCGGGCAGCAGCAAGACCCUCCGAGUGAAACUGACGGUCAGCCCCGAGCCCUCCAGCAAGAAGAAGGAAGGUCCUCCUGCUGGCCAGGGUGAGGGCGUGGAGGCUCCUGCCAGGGAGUGA